CGCAGCUGAUCCAAACAAAACAAAACAAAAAGACUCCGAAAUUUGCCGGCAGCUGAUUUCUGCAAAAGAAUUUUACAGAGCUCAAGCCAUCAAUGCGCGUAUGGAAAUGUCAAACAUUUGUUCUGCAAAUACAAAAACAAAUGCAACAUGUGUACUUGAAUUUGACAGCCAAACGAUUUUUGACGACACUGCUGCGAGUUCGUCGGCUGUGUAUUUGGUCUAUACUGUGGUAUUUGGUCAAUUUUGGCUGGUUGAAGUUUGUGUGAAAGUGAGAUUUUAUUUAUUCGUGGAAAAUUUGUAUACAUAUAAGUUGGAUAAAAAGAUUUAGAAAAUUAUAUAAUGGCCUCUGAAAAUGUCUGCGAAACCUACAAAAUGUUUUUGAGUACCUAAAAGUGAUAUUUGUAAUCGCUAAUGAUAAAAAAUCAAUAGCUACAACUAUGUAUGUACAUGGUGCAAUGUGGAGAAUUAAAAGAAAAGUGCAAAUAGUUUUCCCUUUAAAAUUGUCGAAAUGACGACGUUAUAUGUUCAUACAUACAUUUAAAAAAGUGAUAGUUAACCAAAUCUAUCAAAAUAUUGACAAACCUGCGUGCACAAAACCCACUGCAUUUAUAUUAACAAAUUAAUCAACCAUACAUACAUACUUAUAAUGUACCAACAUUCAUCGCAGUGACGUCGCAUUUCGUUCAGCCUACCUUUCGCAUGCAAAUGCUAUUCACAAGUACAUUACAUAUGUAACUACACAGAAAAUUCUUAGAGCCUUGCAUAGUAUAGUAAAUCGCUUCAGCUUACCAAGGAUAACAUAAAAGCACAUUCGGUAGAUGCAUCAUGUCCUACACGGAACUGGAAUCAGGUUACCAGGACUUGCGACAAUCAUCGCAGCACGCACAGUCACAAAUGCAAUCCUUCACAAGCGAGCGCAGCAGCCGACCUGGAUUUUUUGUUGGCAGUGAUGGCAAUGGCGACGGUGAGAGCAAUGACGGCAUGGAUUCAGAUUGCAGCACUUGUUCGAACCCUGGAAAGCAAGUUGUUGUGGGCAUCUGCGCCAUGGCCAAAAAGACGCAAUCUAAACCAAUGAAGGAGAUAUUAACUCGCCUACAAGAAUUUGAAUUUAUCAAAAUGCUUAUAUUUUCCGAAGAUGUAAUUUUAAAGGAGCCGGUAGAGAAUUGGCCUCUCUGUGAUUGCCUGAUUUCGUUUCAUUCGAAAGGCUUUCCAUUAGAAAAGGCGAUUCAAUAUGCACAACUACGAAAACCGUAUGUUCUCAACAAUUUACACAUGCAAUACGAUAUACAAGAUCGUCGCCGUGUCUAUGCUAUACUGCAAAAGGAAGGCAUUGAAAUACCGCGUUAUGCUGUAUUGGAUCGCGACUCACCUGAUCCAAAACAACAUGAGCUGAUCGAAUCGGAAGACCACGUAGAAGUGAACGGCAUUAUUUUCAAUAAGCCAUUUGUGGAGAAACCUGUAUCGGCUGAGGACCACAACAUCUACAUUUACUAUCCUACGUCCGCCGGUGGCGGCAGUCAACGUUUAUUUAGAAAGAUCGGCAGCCGCAGUAGCGUUUAUUCACCCGAGUCGCGCGUGCGUAAAACUGGUUCCUUCAUUUAUGAAGAUUUCAUGCCCACUGAUGUAUACUUUUCAGGUACGGACGUUAAGGUGUACACAGUCGGUCCGGAUUAUGCACACGCCGAAGCUCGAAAGUCUCCUGCGUUGGACGGAAAAGUGGAGCGGGAUAGCGAAGGCAAAGAGAUUCGAUAUCCGGUAAUCUUAAACAAUGCAGAGAAGCUUAUUUCGCGCAAGGUUUGUUUGGCUUUUAAGCAGACUGUCUGCGGCUUUGAUUUACUGCGCGCAAAUGGUAAAUCCUACGUAUGCGACGUUAAUGGCUUCAGCUUCGUUAAGAACUCAAAUAAGUAUUACGAUGAUUGCGCUAAGAUACUGGGUAAUAUGAUAUUGCGUGAGCUCACGCCGACGUUGCAUAUACCGUGGCUUGUACCCUUCCAACUGGACGAUCCGCCCAUUGUGCCGACAACAUUUGGCAAAAUGAUGGAAUUGCGUUGUGUGGUUGCGGUAAUAAGACACGGCGAUCGUACGCCUAAACAAAAAAUGAAGCUUGAAGUGCGGCAUCCUAAAUUUUUCGAGAUAUUUGACAAAUAUGAUGGCUAUAAGGAUGGUCACGUUAAAUUGAAACGUCCAAAACAAUUGCAAGAGAUUUUAGACAUUGCGAGAUAUUUGCUAUCGGAAAUACAAAACAAGUCCGCGGACGCUGAAAUACAAGAAAAGGAAAGCAAACUGGAACAGCUGAAAAAUGUAUUGGAAAUGUACGGACACUUUUCUGGUAUAAAUCGCAAGGUGCAAAUGAAAUACCAACCAAAGGGUCGUCCCCGCGGGUCCAGUUCCGAUGACGGUAAUACUUAAAGAAUGGUCACAAGUGAUUGGCGCUUAAAAUAUACAGCAAAUUAUUUACUUAAAUAGUACUCAAUUAGGUGGUUUACAAGGUGUUGUAAGUGUCGUAUUGCCUUACGCCUUAGGACUUGAAUAGACAACGAAAUUAUUUUUUACUGUGUGAAAUUUCAUAAUAUGACGUUUAUGGUACCUUUAGAACCCCCUAAAUAUAUUUUUAG